CAGACUGUUUGUGUGAUUUUUGUUAUAGUUCUCUCUGUAUUUGCAUUCGUAUUACAUCAAUGUCAUUUAAGAUUUAGAGUCUUGUCAUUAUAUUUUCGUUAGGAUUUAAUGAAUAUGCGUUGACAGUGUAUAGAUUUUUCACACUCUUAAUCUAAGCUCAUUCCUUUUCUUUUUAAAUUCUGUAAUAGGGUAGGAAAGGUUCUGGAAAAUAUUCUGUUUGAAUCAACAAUUGCCAUGGUUCUGGAGUAUCCGCUUACUCUGUUACAGCUGUAAGGCCAAUUAGAGUUCAUUUGGAUUAGCUUAUUUUUGAGCUUAUGCAAUUUUUAUGUAUUAUUAUAAGUUUGUCAAGAUAGUUUAUGAUAAAUUAGUUUAUAAAAAUACAAUUUUUACUAGUGUGAACUUAUAAAAUAGCAUAAAACCUAAUUUAUAUUACAUAAGAUGUUUGCAUAAGCUCAAAAAUAAGCUAAUCCAAAUGGGCCCUUAGUUCUUUUCCUUGUCUCAAUGCUACCAUUCCUCAGCGUGAGUAGAGUGUGUUAAGAGUAGGUCUGAAAAUAAUUUUAUAAGUGGGUGUUAGGACUGUUCAUGGUUCCAUUCAGACAGAAAACUAAACCGAACCAUAACAAUGUUUCAGAAGAACCGAACCGAAAUGCUAUAGUCUUCUCCGAACCGAACUGAACUGGAUUAAUGGUUCGGUGAACCGGUUCUUAGUUUCGAACUGAACUAAACUGUUGUCAUACAGUUUUUUCCCGAACCAUUUUUUUGGGUGAACCGAACUGUGUUUAAGAAAUCCUUAUGUUGCUAGUAAUAAUAUAACAUCAUAUUUAAAGCUUUACCACAAGAUGUAUUCUGGCCUUCUAUGAUGCUUGAAUUACAUUUGGACUGUAACUCUAUUCUAUUUUAGUUGACUGAAAGUUUUUCAUGCAAAUGUUAUCACAAAGCUGCCAUAUUCUGUGUUUUUGGUAUGUUAUGAAGACUUGUUCUCUCCAUAUGCAAGUUUUGGGUAUGUUAUGAAGACUGAUUUACUAACUCUUCCUUUGUACAAACCGAAUUUUCCAAGAUCCGUGAUUGACAAUACUGAUAAUGAAAAGUAAUAACCUGACUUACCUAUGAUGGCCUGUGGUUUGUUACUGGAACUUUCUGUCUUGAAGUUUAUAUGUGUCUACUUGGGAUUGUUGACCUUCGUUCUGUUGUCAUUGGCUUACCUAAAGAUCUAUGAUCUAUCCAGGGACAUGGCUUCCAUUAGAGUUUUUUACUUUGAGAAAUGUGGUAAGAUGUAGUUUGCUUACCAAAUAAUCAAUAAUUCUUACAAGGGGAUUGAACCGAAUGGGAGCUAAGAGCCCUCCCUCGUGCGUGGCCUUCACGCAUCAAUUCGGCUGCAAGUUGCUGCGUGGCCUUCACGCCCGCGUCGCCUCUCCUCAGGUCUCCUUCGUUCCCUUUUCGUUCUGUAAGCUUUUCGCGUUCUCCUUUUGGGUUCGUCUGGAUUCGGCGGAAAGGUUUGUGCAGAAAACUUUCGAUUUCUAUCUCCUUUUCAAUUUCCUUUUUGAUCUCCUUUUCAAUUUCCUUUUCGAUUUCCUUUGUCUCCUUUUUGAUAUAUAUGGAUGGGUUUGGGUUUCAUUUUCAUUCAUGCGCUUUCUCUCUCUCUCUCUCUCUCUCUCUCUCUCUCUCUCUCUUUGUUGUUUGUUUUGGGGUUGUCUCAGAUGGCUGGUAGGUUUGUCUCAGACUGGUUGCAAGGAUUUGGGAGGUAACUGGUUAUCUGAGUUCGUCUUGAUUCCAAGAACUUCUUGGCGUUUCAAGGUCAGGGUUACAAGGAUUUGGGAGGUGACUGGUUAUCUGAGGGAAUGGUUCUUCUUGAUGCUAAGCGAUAUCAAACCAGAUAAUUUCCUCAUGGGUCUUGGGAAGAAAGCAACUCAGGUUUGUAUGAUUGAUUUUGGACUUUCAAAAGGAUAUAUGGAUCCUAUCAGUUACAGGCAUAUCCCUUACAGAGAGAACAAAAACUUAACAGGAACAGCGUGUUCUGCAAGUUGCAAUACUCAUAAAGGAAUUGAGCAAAGUCGCAGAGAUGAUUUGGAGUCUCUUGGCUAUGUUCUUUUGUACUUUUUAAGAGGAAGACGUCUCACCCUAAUGAUUGUACUGUCACCACUUUUUGUGACUAUCAGUUGCUCCGAGUUUCUUUAGGUAAAUGUAGGGCUUAACUAUAUGGUUCUUGCAUUUUAGCCUUCCUUGGCAGGGUCUGCAAGCUGCCACCAGAAUGCAAAAAUAUGAAAAAUUUUACGACAUGAAGUUCUCAACUCGUGUUGAGGUACUUUGCAAGUCAUAUCCCGUGGAGUUUGCGUCUUACUUUCAUUAUUGCCGCUCCUUGUCAUUUGAUCAACGACCAGAUUAUGGAUAUUUGAAGCGCCUGUUUCGUGAAUUGUUCACUUCUAAAGGAUAUGAGGCUGACUAUUUAUAUGACUGGAUGAUUUUAAAAUAUCAGGAGAUUCAACAGGGAAAGGAACAUAAUCUAUCAAUUGUGCGUGAUUCCUUAAUUUGCCGAGUUUGAAUUUCCAUUUUGAAAGUUUGUGAAGAUUAGUAAACUUAGUUAGGAUCAUUGUAUAAAGUGUACCUUACACUUAUUGUAAUCAACUUUUCUCAUUGUAUCAAUUCGAAAUAAUCAAUCUUUCUCUCAA